AUGGAUCCCCAGCAGAAAACCGCCCUCGAACACGUCCACCUCCCCCGCAUCUCCAUCAAAUUCUGCACCCAGUGCCGAUGGAUGCUCCGCGCCGCCUACUUCGCCCAAGAACUCCUUUCGACAUUCGGCACUGACCUUGGCGAGGUAGCGCUGGUCCCGAUGACGGGGGGUGUCUUCACUGUGACUAUUUGGCAUGGUGUGGCAUCUGCUGAUGGGCCGGUUACCACCCAGGAGAGUAUCCUCUGGGAUCGGAAACGGGAUGGGGGAUUCCCUGAGGUUAAAGCGUUGAAAUCGCUGGUUCGCAAUGUGAUUGCACCAGAGCGGGAUUUGGGACAUACAGAUCGAGCUUUGAAGGCGCAGCAGAGUGAACAGAAGGAGCAGGUUAGGAAGGAAGAGGCCAAGGUACAGGAUGAUAAGGAUGCAAAGCCUUGUGAGGAUUGUCAGUAG